AUGGUGCUGUUCAGAUCACUAGCACUCCUUCUUGCUCUGAGUGUUUCUGACCUCCACAGCCUCCCCUGGUUCAUUAAUAUCUCUGAGAGCGAGGGCCCCGGUACUGUCCUCAAGUACUUCUCCUUCAACUGUUCUGUCUACACACCCAUCCUGGAGUUGCUCUCCGUGGAACCACCUACCACCUUCUUCAACUCACCCAGCCUAACCCGGACACAAGACCCCUUCUAUGUGGGCAAGGUAACCCUCAGUAGCUCAGUUCGGUUUGACGCUCUAGCGGUGAAUCACUACAAACUACAGCUGAGAUUCACAUGUGGCACAUCUGUGACAGAGGGACCACUCUUUUUGGAUGUGCAGCGGGACCCCAGUCGUGUCCUCUGUUCUGGCCGAUUUGCCAGCCCAGCUGGAGAAUUCAUUGAGGUGCCAGAAACUGUUGAACCUCAAGCCCGGCUAUACACUCUGCUGCUCCCAGGCCUGGAACUCCAGCGAGCCCAGAUGAGAAUCAUCAGUACCCAGGACCCACCAUACUUCCCCGGAUCUUUCUCCAUCAGUCAUCAGGGUUGGCUGCAGGCUCCAGCCCAGGGCCUCAAAGGCCAGGCUCAAAAGUUAUUCCAGCUGCGGAUCUCUGUGACCUUUGGACAAAACCGAACCUGCCAGGGGAUGCUGACAGUGAAGGUUUUGCCUGUUCCCUCCAAUCAGGUCUCCUUCUUGGUGGAGGGCCAGAACGUUACCAUCCCUGAGGACCUGGUCCCCGGAAAUGAAGUGGUCCAAGUCCAGGCCAAGGGCUCUGAUGUGCGCUAUGAAAUCAUCUCCCCGGCGCCCUGCAGGCUCUACUCCAUUGGACCUGUCGAUGGCCGGGUCCGAGUCACAGCGCCUUUAGAGCUAGCUCAGAUGCCAGGUGUGGCAGUCACCACGCUGCAGAUAAAGGGUUUUGAGCGUCUCCAGCCCUGGACCAGUGCCAAGCUGGACCUCACCAUCCAUGUGGUGCCUGUGAACCGCUGGCCCCCGCGCUGCCUCCCAGCACUGCUGGUGACUCAGGUCCCCGAGACUGCACCUGUGGGCAUGGUGCUGAGGACUAUCACCUGCACGGACCCUGACUCAGCUGGUGCCACACUUGAAUACCAGCUGUGGUUCCACAGCCCUCCUGGCUGGGCUAGCCUCCGCCUUCGCAACAGGACCCUAGAGGUCAACACCACGCUGGAUUGUGACGCUCCUGGAACUUGUGUCCAGCAUAAAGCAUUCAUUCUGGUGUCUGAUAAUGGUCAACCCCCCAUGACUACUGAGGUGCCAGUACUGGUGGUGGUGACACCUGUCAAUGAGUUCUCUCCAACCUGUGCCCCACAAACGUUCCGGGUUCGUGAAGAUGCAAGACCCCACACAUUGCUAGGCUCUGUGGUGGGCAUGGACAUGGACUACCCACGUGACAGCAUUGAAUACUACACCUCUGGUGGGCCUAGGCCUGCCACCUUUACUGUGGACCGUCUCAGUGGGGAGGUUCGCCUCCUAGGGCCUUUGGACUAUGAGCGACAGAGGUUGUACAGACUUCUUAUCCAGCUGACCGACCAUGGCCAAGACCAAGAUCCCACCAGCCACCUCUCAGGCUCCUGUACCAUUACUAUUGAGGUUGAGGAUGUGAACGACUUUGCACCUGAGUGUGAGCCCCCAUUCCAGGAAAUCACCGUCCACACAUCUCCAGGCCACAAAGUGGAGGUGACCAAGGUGUCAUGCAGGAUCCCCCAGGAGCCACAACGCCUGGCCUUUUCCUACAGCAUUGUGGGAGGGAAUAGCCAGGGCCGAUUCAGCCUGCAAGGUGCCAUCCUGGUCCAUAGUGACCCUGUGUUGGGUUCCUGGUUACAACAGCCCCACACUUAUGAGCUGUUGAUCCGUGUGGCUGAUGUGGGUCCCUUCACUCCCCACCUCAGCACCACAGCCACUGUCAUUGUGCAUCUGCUUCCCUGGAGGGCCAGCACAGUGGCCACCAGCACCCAUACAGCCACAAUGUCCUCAAUGAUGACACCCCUGCUUGUGACAGGCACAGAGGCUUUCUGGCAGCCGGACCCCUGGUUUGUGGUGGUGCUGACGGCGACUGGUACCCUUCUGCUCUUGGCUCUCAGCUGGCUCCUCAGAAGGCUUCUCAGGGGGGUGGCCCAGUUGUUGCAGACACCAGACAAACCAGCCCAGACUCUGCUGCUGAACAGUAUACAGGGAAAUAAGAGGUCCACUGAGGGCCUCAUGGAGGCCCCAAGGAUGGAGACCACUCAGGAACCCAAAAACAUCAUGAACUUGCAGAAUUUUGAUGGCAGAGCACAAGAUCCACGUACAGGCAGAGAUUACCUGUUCAACAUGAGCACAGGAGCCCGGCGCUGGCUUUGA